AAAUCCAUGGAUAUUUUAAUUGCUUUAGACAGUGAUAAAUAAAAACCGAAGAAGAAUCUUUCAAUGAAACCCAACUUCUUAAUUCUACUGUUCGGUGAUGUGGCAUUAUAAAUAUUUAUAAAUAAUUACAAAAAAUUAAACUAAUUUAAUUAUAUGUAAAAAUGUUAUGGAAUAUAAUAUUUACUAUUCGAACAAUAAUCGGGAAAUUUUGGAUAUUGGAGUGGAAAUAAAAUUUUGGCACCAAAUAAAAGCAUUAACCAUUAGAAAUGUGCUCAUUAAAAGAAGAGAAAUUAAAAAAACUUUAUCCGAAAUCGCUAUACCAGUGUACACAUUAGGGCUUUUAGUUGCAAUCAAAUUGUUGAUUCCCAAUCCUAAUUUUCCAUCGGUAACAGUUCCCCAAGAAUCUCCUGAUAUGUACAAUUAUUUAUACGGAAAUAUAACUGUCGCACCAUCAUCAAAACACGUUCAGAUUUUUUUAGAAAAAAUGAAUGAAAUUUGGAUGAAACGAAGUGGGGAGAAAAUUAACUUUGAUGUUUAUCAAAACAAAGAAGAUAUUUUUGAAAUACAAAGAAAUGAUCCAGCAAUGGUUUACGUAGCCUUAUUAUUUGAAGAUGAUCCAAUUCAAAAUCAUUCUUUAAGUUAUAAAAUUCGAACAAAUCCAUUUUAUGAUUCUUCGCCAUCACCAUCUAAACUUUAUGGGUCCAAUCAUCAAUGUCGAAAAAUAUUUGCAAAUAAAUUAACAAAAAAAUUUCUUCAUCGUCAUCACCAUAAUAACGACCAACACAAAGAAGAAAUAUCAUGUCCAGCAAUUCAUUAUAUAUACUCAGGGUUUAUGGCUCUGCAGACUCUAGUAGAUAUUACAAAGAUUUCUUUGACCUCACAUUCAUCUAUGAUAUUACCAAAUUACCGUUUCGUACUUUUUCCAAAACCAGCUUACACAGCAAAUUGGUUAAUGGUAUUUCAUAUGGUUAUACCACUUUAUGUAGUAAUCGCAUUAUCACAGUUUAUUACAUACCUUUUAGUACAGUUAGUUGGUGAAAAAGAACAAAAAAUAAAAGAAGUUAUGAAAAUAAUGGGUCUUAAAGAAUUGGUAUUUUGGUGUUCAUGGUUUAACAUCUACGCAGUUUAUGUGACAUUGCUAUCAAUUGCUAGUACCGCAAUACUAUAUUUAUUGGGAAUUUUCAACAACACUAACUGGAUACUAAUAUUUUUAUUAGUGUAUUUUUACUCAAUAACAGUUAUUUUCUUCAGCUUUAUGAUUUCUCCAUUUUUUGACAAAUCUAGAACAGCAGGAAUACUUGGAAAUUUUGUGCUUAAUUUAAUAAGCCUUAUGUAUUUUCUACAUACUUUGAUUGACCCUUCAAGCAAACGACUAUUUUGGCUGAUAUCAUUGAUCAGUCCAUCCGGUUUUGCAUUGGCUAUUGACAAAGCUAUGACAAUGGACUUAUCAGGCGAAGGCCUUCACUUUGGUAAUAUUUGGAAUGGCCCAGGAAUUUCAUUUGGAGAAAGUUUAUUGUUUAUGGUAUUUGAUGCAUUCAUCUACGCAAUUCUUGCUUAUUAUUUCGACAUGGUCUUGCCUAGUGAAUAUGAACGCAAACAAUCACCUUGGUUUUUUUUGAAAUCAUCGUUUUGGCAUUCUAAAGUACCAGAAGUAAUAGAAUUCGAUGAUUUAAAUCGAUAUUCAAUCUCAAACCCAGACUUAGAACCUGUAGCGGAUUCUAUGAAAGAGUUUCAAGCGAUUAAAGUGACAAAUCUUUGCAAAUCUUUCAAAGGAUCUACAAAAAAUGUUAUAAAUGGAAUAAAUAUGAUAAUAUACCAAGGGGAAAUAACUGCUAUAUUAGGACAUAAUGGCGCUGGGAAAACAACAUUGUUUAAUAUAUUGACUGGACUUACUGAACCAACAUCAGGGACAAUAAAAGUAUUUGGAUAUGAUGUUAGAAACCCAUCUGAUGUGACUAAAAUUAGAAGAAUGAUUGGAGUUUGUCCACAAUAUGAUAUAUUAUUUGAACGACUUACUCCCAAGGAACAUUUAAAAUUCUUUGCUACCCUCAGAGGACUUACUUCUGAAAAAAUUGAUGAUGAAGUACAAAAAAUGCUUGUAGAACUUUACCUAGUUGAUAAAGCAGAUGAUAUAGUAAAAACAUUAAGCGGAGGACAGAAACGGAAGUUAUCAGUUGGUAUCGCAGUUAUUGGAAAUCCAAAAAUUAUAAUAUUGGAUGAACCUACUGCAGGUGUUGACCCACCAGCAAGAAGACAUUUGUGGUCACUUCUUCAAAAGAGAAAAAAAGGAAAGGUGAUAUUAUUAACAACACAUUUUAUGGAUGAAGCUGACAUCUUAGCGGAUCGUAUAGCAGUAAUAUCAAAAGGCUGUGUAAAAUGUUGUGGUUCUUCUAUAUUCCUUAAAAAUAAAUUUGGUAUUGGAUACCAUUUAACAUUAAUUCUCAAUAAUCAAGCAAAUGAAAAUUCAAUAGUAAAAAUGAUUAAAGAACACGUGCCAAACGCAGAACGUGCUAGACGCCAUGGUUAUGAAUUAUCUUUUGUGUUACCACAUGAUAGUGUGAGUAAAUUUCCACCGCUAUUUGGACAGAUUGAAACAGAAAUUAAAUCUAAAACUAGUUCCAUGGGCAUUGAAAACUAUGGUGUAUCAAUGACCACACUGGAAGAAGUAUUUUUAUAUCUUGAACAAGGUCAACAUGAAAACGCCGGGAAAUUGGCAAUCGAACUGUUAAAAGGGCCACCGACUACAGACUUGAAUAGCCGUGGAUCGAUUAAUUCAAUACAUAAUGUUACCGUGAGAUCGAGUAUAGUAUACGAUCCAACUAACUGGAGUACAAUAGUGGCACUUUUGAAAAUGCGAACAAAACGAGUAUUAAGAGAUAUACAUAAAUUAUAUGUUAUGAUAUUGUUACCCAUUGUAUUCUUGGCAACUGGAAUAAUCUUGAACAAAUUAAGUCACGAAAUCCAACCAAUACGAAGCUUGGUUUUAAAUUAUAAUGUUUAUAAAGAAAACAGUCGAUUAAUCAUACCAUCCGAAGAAUUGUCAAAUUAUUCAACAUUGGAUUCAGAUUUAUAUACUGGCUCAUUUCCUGGAUUGUUAGAUUUGCCUUCUCAUCUAGGAGCACUACAACAAUUUAACGAGUGUUGCUCACCAUUAUCACUAACAAUAUAUUACAAUGAUUCUUUCAUACAUUCAUUGCCGAUAAUAUUGAACUCAAUCACCAGCAAUUUAUUCGGAAGUCAAAUCGAUAUAAAAACAGAACCAUUUAAGAUGGAGUACAAACAAAACGAAUACAGCUUUAGUAGAUGUUCAUCGGCAUUCUUUUUAGGAAUAGUUUUCGUUUUAGUUCCAGUUAGCUUAUCUGCUGAUCUAGUCUAUGAUAGAGAGAUUAAAGCCAAAAAUCAGCUUCGUAUCAAUGGUGUAACUUUUAUGCAAUAUUUUUGCUCUUAUUUUAUUAUUUUAAUUUCUAUGUUACUUCUCAUAUUCUUUUUACUCAUAUUUCUUAUCGCUUCAUUCCACGUUGAAGGUUUAGACACUCCUUAUGCAAUAUCAACCAUGAUAAUAUUACUCGUAGCGUAUUGCCCUGCUGCGAUUUUAGCUACCGCCUGUAUAUCAUAUUUGUUCGAAAGAUCUGAUUCAGUACAAUCGAUUCUACCGAAUGUAACGUCACUCAUUGGUGGUGUACCAUUUAUAAUCGUAGCUUCGUUAGAUAUGCUAGGUAUUGCUAAUGACUUAGGAUUUGCUUUACACGUACUGUUUUCUUCUACUAAUUUCGUCUAUAUACCAUUUGCCAUUAUUUACUUCAUUAAUACUGUGUAUCGUGAAAACGACGAACAUGCGCCUUUCAUUAAAUAUGUUAAUAAAGAAACAGUUGCACUAUUAAUGGGCUGCUUGGGCCAGAUUCCUGUACUAUGGGUUAUUCUAAAAAUAUUAGAUUCUGAAACGAAAAAUAAAAGAACUUCAAUAGUUACUGUCGACACUCAAGAUGAAGGCGAUGAUGAUGUAAAAUCUGAACGGGCAAAAGUAAAUAGCAUUAUCAACGACCAGGUAGACUGGCCAGUAGUAGUUAUUCAGAAUUUAAAAAAAGAGUUCACAAACCUAAACGUAAACUCCAGUAUAAGUUGUCUUAUGAAAAAAAAAUACACUAAUAAAAAUAACGAGAGAAAACUUGCAAUCCGAAAUCUAUCAUUAGCUGUGAAUUCUGGCGAAGUCCUAGGAUUGCUUGGACAUAAUGGUGCUGGAAAAACUACAACUAUGCGUAUUAUCACUAUGGAAGAAAAAGAAACUAUUGGCAAAAUAUUUAUCAAAGGUCAUAAUAUACGAGAGUCACAAGAUAUUGCAUAUAAAAUGAUUGGAUACUGUCCUCAACAUGAUGCCUUAUGGAGUUCAUUGACCAUUAGAGAACAUUUAAAUAUUUAUGCUACUAUUCGAGGAAUUACUAAAAAUCAAAUUCAAAAUAUCAUUGAUAAAUACAUCGAAGGUCUUCAAAUAACUGAACACGCAGAUAAACAAGUUAGUUGUUGUUCAGGAGGAACAAGACGCAAAUUAAGUUUUGCUUUAGCAAUGAUUGGAAACCCUAAGCUAGUACUACUCGACGAACCUAGUACUGGUAUGGAUCCUAGGUCCAAGAGAUAUCUGUGGGAUGCUAUAAUAAGCAGUUUUCAAGGAACUAAAGGAGCAAUAUUAACUACUCAUUCGAUGGAAGAAGCAGAUGCGUUGUGUUCUAGAGUAGGAAUAAUGGUUAAGGGCCAACUCAGAUGUUUGGGUUCUACCCAAUACUUAAAAAAUCUUUAUGGUGCUGGUUACACACUGGAAAUAAAAUUAAAGCCUCACGGAGAUAUGGAUGAUGUUAAAAAUUUUGUCAUAACAUCAUUUCCAAAUGCAAUUCAAGAAGAAGAGUUUGCUGAUCGAUUGGUUUUUGGAGUACCUCAAUCAACAGUUAUAUCAUUAGCACAAUGUUUUUUGAAUCUUGAAAACGCAAAAAAUAUGUAUGAUAUUCAAGAAUAUAGUUUUGGUCAAACAACAUUGGAACAAGUAUACUUAAAAUUCGCACACUAUGAAGAUACAGAUGUAUUUGAAAACAAAGCAGUGUGAAUUCAUACUAAAUUUUAUUAAAACUUAAAUAUUUAUUUAAUACUUAAAUUCAAUUUAUUUUA